GGGGCCGGACUUCCGGCUGCGGCCCCGGCGCUCCCUCAGCUGCCGCUCCCGGCCCCGCCGCUCCCGGACCGCUGGACGCGCCGCUCCCGCCGCUGCCGCCGCUAUGUCCGCGCCCCGGCCCCCGCAGCCGGCCCUGCCUUCCGCGCUGCUGCUGUUCCUGCUGCUUGCCAUCUGCGCCCGCGCUUCCGACGUGGUGGAGCUGAGCGAUGCCGAUUUCGAGAGUGGCCUGGCCGAGCGCCCGGGGCUGGUGCUCGUGGAGUUCUUCGCGCCCUGGUGCGGACACUGCAAGCGGUUGGCGCCGGAGUACGAGUCGGCCGCGACCCGGCUGAAGGGGAUCGUGCCUCUCGUGAAGGUUGACUGUACAGCAAACUCCAACACCUGUAACAAAUAUGGAGUCAGUGGAUAUCCCACAUUAAAGAUUUUUCGAGAUGGAGAAGAGGCAGGGACCUAUGAUGGGCCCAGAACAGCAGAUGGGAUUGUCAGCCAUCUGAAGAAACAGGCGGGACCUGCUUCGGUGGCUCUGGGUUCUGUGGCUGAGUUUGAGAAGUUCAUUGGCGACAAAGAUGCUUCUGUCGUGGGCUUCUUUGGUGAUGCAUCUGGGGAUGCUUACUCGGAGUUCAUGAAAGCAGCCAACAGCCUCAGGGAUAACUACCGCUUUGCACACACCACCGAGGAGCAGCUGCUGCACAAGUACAAGGAAGAUGGAGAAGGCAUAGUCCUAUUCCGUCCUCCACGCCUGACCAACAAGUUUGAGGAGAGCUCUGUCAAGUAUCCAGAAGACAAAAUCACCAGUGGAAAGAUCAAGAAAUUCAUCCAGGAGAACAUCUUUGGCAUCUGCCCUCACAUGACUGAAGACAACAAAGACUUGAUCCAGGGCAAGGACUUGCUGGUGGCAUACUACGACGUUGACUAUGAGAAGAAUGCCAAGGGAUCCAACUACUGGCGCAACAGAGUUAUGAUGAUUGCAAAGAAGUUCUUGGAUGCUGGCCACAAACUGUCUUAUGCUGUUGCUAGUCGAAAAACCUUUGGCCACGAGCUCUCUGAGUUUGGUCUGGACAGCAGUGUGGGUGAGGCCCCCGUCGUUGCCAUCAGAACUGCCAAAGGAGAUAAAUAUGUCAUGCAAGAAGAGUUCUCCCGUGACGGAAAGGCUCUGGAGAGAUUCCUGCAAGAUUACUUUGAUGGAAACUUGAAAAAAUACCUGAAAUCAGAGCCUGUCCCUGAAAGCAACGAUGGCCCUGUGAAGGUGGUGGUGGCUGAGAACUUUGAUGAAAUAGUUAAUGCACAAGACAAAGAUGUCCUGAUAGAGUUCUAUGCACCGUGGUGUGGCCACUGCAAGAACCUGGAGCCCAAAUACAAAGAAUUGGGGGAGAAGCUCAGCAAAGAUCCCAAUAUCAUCAUUGCCAAAAUGGACGCUACAGCCAAUGAUGUGCCUUCUCCCUACGAAGUCCGAGGUUUCCCCACCAUCUAUUUUGCUCCAGCUGGCAAGAAGCAGAGUCCAAAGAAGUAUGAGGGAGGCAGAGAAGUGAGUGACUUCAUCAGCUACCUGAAGCGGGAGGCAACCAACACUCCCGUGCUACAGGAGGAAGAGAAAUCCAAGAAAUCCAAGAAGAAGGUGAAGGAGGAUUUGUAAAGUACCUACUUGCCAUCUUGUCAGAAUGAGCUCUGUAUGAAUUGGGGAAGCGCUGGUCAGUCUGGGGCCAGUUCUGGGCUGUGGAGAGCCAGUGGCCAUGGGGGCCGAGGGGCCCCAGCUGCUGUAUCUAGUAAUGUUUAAUUUUCUGCCGUCUCUUAGCUGCACUGUUGUGGGGCUCCCCAGGUUUGUUUUGUGGUUUGGGAGGGGGUGGGGGUACAGUUAUUUUCUAAUUUUUUUUGUACAUUUGGAGAAGUGAAACAAUAAAAUGACCCCCUUAAGA